CUCCCUUUUUUGGUUUGUUUACAUUGGUCGUGAAUUUUUUUUACAAACUUUUUCCUAUUGGGCUUGCUUUUUCAAGUCUUUUUUACUAUCGUCAUUGGUGUUAAUUUGACAUUUGACAUUGUGACUUUUCAUUGAUACAAGAGAGACUAUUUUGAGCUAUGGAGGAUUCAAGAAGCUCAGAUUAUCAAUCACCUGAUGAUAGUGAUCAAGUUUUCGAGAUUACAGACUUUACCACUGCCACCGAUUGGGAACGUUUUAUUGCUGAUUUCGAAGAGGUUCUUCGUAACUGGGACACAAUUCAGCCGCCUGAUGCCCAAGAUGCUUCCAAACCGAAAGGAGUAAUCUAUGGUCUAGGACCGAUUGGAGAUCAUUUGUAUUAUAAUGAAACUGUUAAACUUAAAUUUGCCAAGUUCGUGCUUAUAGUUAGCGUUUACUGUUACCAAGGGCCAGAUGUCGACAACAAAAAGGAAAGACUGUAUACUGGAAGGGAUACUGAAAGUGAUCUGGAGGAUACUGAUGAGAAUAUAAAAGUAUUCCAAGAUUUAAUGGAUUUUCGCUACAAUUUCCCAAACAAGGCCCAUUGUAUUUAUAGAUGGUUUGGUGUUAAAAAAUUUGCCGUCAUCUCUCCUAUGGAAGAUAAUCUUAUAACGAGUGAAGAUCGAGCUAAAUUGCUUCUUAGCUCGGCUGCAAUUGCAAUGAGAAAUAUCAAUGUGUAUAUUCCUGUCUUUGUUCAGAUUCAUCAUCCCCAGAGGAAAUUCUUUCAUGGCAUAUUGGAAGGAUCAACAUCACGAAUAAUGUUUGACAUGAUUCAUUUUAGAGAUAUUCCGGAAAAUUAUCGGUAUCUUUCAGAGUUGACCAAAAUUUUCCGUGAAAAAAUUGCAUCUCCACUGAGGGAAAAGGUUUCAAUUGAACUAUCAGUUCGAUUCACUCAUAUAAUCAGAGAAUGGCCUCAAGAAUGGUUAUUACCUGAGCCAGAAGCAACCGAAGAAUCAACCGACUUGGAGGAAAGAUUGUACUCUCUUGAUAAACUUCCGAUGCCUCUCAUAGAAUAUUCAUCUCCUUCAGCUCCUAUCGAGGAAUUACACCUUUCAACCACUUGGCCUAAAUUAUCUGAAGAGUUCAUCAAUGACUCGCCAAAUCACAGCAAUUUAAAUUCAAUGGAUGCACAAUAUUGGUCAGCGCGUGUUUUAUUCCGAGACAGAUUUACUCCUAACUUGAUACAUUCCAUAAGUAGCUUGUUUAUUCUGGAAAAAUCAACCAAAUAUGCAGAUCAACCAUUGGGUAAAUUUACAGGACUUCAGGAAGAGAAAGAGAUUGAAGCUAAAGCAGCCCUUGAUAAACUUGCCGGUGUCGGACCUCCAACCUUAACAUUACCGCAAUUCCGAAAUUUUUCAACCUGGAGUUUAUCUGAACAUCUUAAAUGUCAAAUUGUUGACUACAUUUUCACUGAACCAUCUCAAGCUAAUGAACCAAUAAAUAGCUUACUCAAAGAUUAUCGAGGAUUCAAAUCGUGUCCAUACAACAAUUUAACUUGGCGCCUAUCAAUCAUAUUUCACCAAUUUAAAGAUUUAAACACGAUAGCAUACCUUUGGAUCGAAAUAGUGAAAAAAUUAAGAGACCAUUGGGAGAGUAUGACUGACCUGCCAAGUCUAGAGCCUGACUCGCCCAAUCUUGGAACAUGUCUUUUGAACCAAAAACUUCAGAUGUUAAAUUGUUGUAUCCAACAAAAGAGGAAACGAGAAGCCAUCAAAGCUGCACUUGAUACGGGAAAAAAGAAUAUUAAGAGAACUGGUGAUGAUAAUGAUGGAGAAGAAAAAGAUUCAGAAGAUGAAUUUUUCGAUGCAGUGGAAGAUGAAAAUGAGUUUGAAGGAAAACAAGUGACUACUUUUGAGGGGCGAUCUCAUCAAUUAAAUGAUCUAACUUUGGUUAACAGUGAUGAGCCAUUAUUUGUCCCAAUCACUCAAGAUCCUGCUCCCAUGACUGAGGACAUGAUGGUUGAACAAGUUGAAAUCUUGGCUCAACUGGGCACAUCAAGUGAAGGAGCAGCUUUAAGAGCUCGAAUGCAAUCAGCUCAAUUAAUAUCUGACAUGGAAGCCUUUAAAGCAGCCAAUCCUGGCGCAGUGUUGGAAGAUUUUGUUCGUUGGCAUUCACCAAGAGAUUUCAUUACAGAAUCGGAUGAAGGUGGAGAAAGCAAAGGACAAUUGUCGGCUCGUAUGCAAACUCCUGGAAAUAUGUGGCGAGAGGUUUGGGAAUCAGCUAAACCAGUUGCUGUUGUUCGUCAGAAGCUUUUAUUUGAUUAUACCAAGGAAGCUGAAAAAAUCUUGCAUUCAUUUGAAUCAUUAACUUUAGCCGGUUUAGUCAAAUAUUUAGCUCCUUGUCUAAUUCACUGUGCAACAAGUCAAUUGUGUAAACGUCUACAGACUAUUGGCUAUUCAGAGGCUACAUUUGGUUUCAACAUUAACGAUUUAACCGGCUACUGUUCAACUGAAGAUUUUGACAAAUGUUUAAAUAUUUUGGCAAAUCUGGAGACUCGUAUAAUCAAAGCUGAAUCAUUGAAACGAUUGUUUACGGUUGCUCAUAAUUUCUACGAUGCCUCCGAAGAAACACCCAAUUGGAAUACGUUAAAUCCUUUCAUUUUGGGUCUUAUCCAAGAAAAAGAAAUGGAAAUUUCUGGUGGAUCCAAGGGUUAUUUGGGUCGAUUAAUGAUUACUUUAUUUACUGAAUCUUCUCAAGCCUUGUAUGAGGAAAAGACCACAGUUGGGGAAAGAUAUUCACAGGCUUAUGAUAAAUCGGCUCUUCCUAAACCAAUUGCUAAAGAGUAUAUACUUCGAAGUACAUGUCCAAGGCCUUCAAUCACAUCUAAACCUUUACCUCAGCGGAUGUUUGCAUUGAUUACUCCAAAUGAAUUCAGAGUCUCCGGAGCUUUUUCACAAGAUACUCUAUUUAGAUAAAUUAUCUCACUUAUUUGAUUACUUUUAUUGGUAUUUUAGUCAUUAAUCUGUGUCUUAAUCUUUGUCCAUAACAUAUUUUAUUACUAUUUACCAUUGAUCAAGUCUUGCAAGCAGUUGGGAGUUAUUGCAAUUUUUUAUUAAUCAAUCAAAUUACAUGUAUCUUUUGUUUAUACUUUCUGCCUGAGGAUUACAUGUUUGAUAUUAAAAUCAACAAA